UUAUUUGAGGUUAAGUUCUACAAAUAUAAACUAGUAAUCUGUGGGUUAUGUUGUGAUUUGUGAAAACGAAAUUUUUACGGUUUUCGGUAUUGGAAAUUGGAAUUGCUAGAUAGUAAACAAAUAAUAACUUCAGUGAAAAAAUGUUACUUCGCAAUCUAAGAUUCUCAUGCAGACGAUAUUCGCAAGCUGUAACGUUUCGGACAAUAGAAUCUUCGCCUAAACAACACAAUGAAAAACAAAUAGGACUUUUCUACACACUAGAUAAAGACGUAUGUAAACAAUUAUUCGGACAUGGAGGAUUACCUAAAAGCUUUACAAAACAAACCAAAACCUUCACAGAAACCGCUUUGAUGGUCCGGCAGCCGGCUCUAGACAUCAUGGAUUGUAUCAAAGCUAGUGAUUUUGACAAACCAGCAAUAAGAUAUGUCUUGUAUGGGGAGAAAGGAGCUGGUAAAUCACUGACAAUGGCACAUCUCCUUCAUUAUGCACACAGUGAAGGGUUUCUGAUUGUACAUGUGCCUUGGGUGUCAGAAUGGUUACGCAGAGUCCCUCGUCACAAGGAAAUGUCAAACUCCACAUCUCAGGAGGGUUUUGUUGAUAUCCCGUUGGAUGCAGCUGCCUGGUUGUUACAUUUCAAAAUGCAGAAUCAGAAUAUUCUCAAAAGUAGUGAUCUAAGGAUAUCCAAGGACUAUGAGUGGAGCUCUCGAGAGAAGAGUUCGGCAGGUGCACCCUUAGCUGAGCUGGUCGAACUUGGCAUCAACCGCGUCAAAUACGCCUGUGACAUAAUCAAUGUUCUUAUGAAUGAAAUUAAGAUGCUUUCAAGUAAUAAAUUUUGCAAAACAUUUGUAGCAAUUGAUGGUUUCAACAGUUUUCUAUACCCACUGACCAGAUUGAAAACUCCCACCAAGAGGAAAGUCACGCCAGAAGAAGUAUCACUAACUAAACCUUUUAUGGAAAUCACAAAGAAUGAUUGGAGUAAUGGUGUGAUAGUUGUAACUGCUGACCAAAUAGCAGUCCCUGAUGAUCAUCAAGAGAGCUACUUGCCUAAAUACUUACUUUGUAAAAAGGGUUUUGAACACUUAGAUCCAUUUGUGCCUGUUGAAGUCGGAAGAUACACAGAGAGGGAGUAUCUGUCUUGUGCCUCCUACUACAGAGAUAGAUUGUGGAUGAGAGGACCACCAGAAUUGGAAACUGAACUGAAACUUGCCAGUGCCUGUAACCCAUACAGGUUUAUGGAAAUGUGUGCACCACUUUAAAAUAUAUUUAUAAUUAGUACAUUAUACCUAGUUCAAAGACAA